AUGUCUUCACCUUCUUAUGUGCUUUCCUCAGAGGCCCAACAUCAAAUUUUUAGUGAAUGGAACUUGCCAUCCUCGUGCUCGGUGAAUGUGAUCAAGCAAUCGGAAAAUCACACCUAUCUCAUUCAAGUGUUACCAUGUGUAACUCAAGAAAACAACAACACCAUCAACUCUGAGUCCACUUCUUUACAAAAGAUAUACAUUCUUCGCCUUACUCCUAAACAUCAUCGUUCCAUGCAAGCUAUUCAAGCAGAAUUGGAUUUUAUCCAACGAAUCCAUGACGCAUCACAAGUCUUAUGGGAAACCUCCUUGGAUCAUCACUCACUUCCAUCCCUUCAUGUCUGUCCUCCAAUUCAGAGAUGUAAACAAGCAUUGUCUUCCGAUAAGAAUGACGAUAUGUAUUCUUCACCAUUGAUUGCUACUCUCCAUUCUCCCUAUCAAAAUAAUACUACUGAUCAUGGGGAUAACAAGGAACAAGCAAACGAAAAUUCUUCUUCGAAGAGUGAUGACUCAAGUAUCUAUUACGCAGUUCUUUUUGAAUAUGCUCGAGGAAGUUCAGUACUUGAAAAGUGGAUUGGCUUAACCAAUGAAUCCUUUAUUGAUGCACUGGGUAGAGCCAUCGGAGAGAUGCAUCGAAUUGUUGCCAGUUAUGAUCAACAAUCUUCGAAGGAAUGGAAAUUAAUGGCCGAGAAUAUUCCGUUAUGGUACGACACUCAUAAUGGUGCAUGCAAGAUCGAGAGAAUUAGAGAACGAGCAAAUCAAUAUGGACAUGAACCAUCUAGAAUCUUAUUAAAUCUAUGGGAGAAUUUGAAAGAUUUUUUGGCUCAAUUGAAACCAAGUCACGACACAUUUGGUGUCAUUCAUGGUGACAUUAACGUGAGUAAUUACUUUGCAGAAAAAACAAGUGAACAAGAGCAUGCUCAAGUAUGGAUUUUUGAUUUUGAUCAAGUCCAACGCAACUAUUUUGGUUGUGAUCUUGCUGUGGUGCUGCAAAUGGUUCGCUUUUUCGAAGAUGACGGUCUAGGAAUUGGAAAAAUUGAAGGAUUUGAUGCAGAUCGAUUCAGAGGUGUGUUUUUGCAAGCAUACAAAGAGACCUGUCCACGGGGAAUGAUUGAGGAAGGACAUUUGGAUCCUAAUCACUUGAAAUAUUUCGAAAUGUUUAGAGAAUUUUAUCACACCUCAGUGGCUGUUGACAUUUUGUUUCGUCAUGAGCAUCCACAAGACGACCACACCACGAGCGGACAACCUCUCGUACACUUUGAAGAGUCUAUUAUUUCAUUUUGUUUCGUCAUGAGCAUCCACAAGACGACCACACCACGAGCGGACAACCUCUCGUACACUUUGAAGAGUCUAUUAUUUCAUUUUGCAAGUUAG